CAGUGAAGUUGUGUUCCGCUGAAGUCGCUCCGACGAAGACCACCAUUAAUGUUCCGCCUUCCGGUUUCAGCUGCAUAGGAAAAGAAAAAAGUUUGUCAGAAACUGCGAUAUAUAAAGCAAAUGGAUUCGGGUGAUUCUAAAGAAAAUGGAUCUACAACGAGGAGGAGAAGCACCAGACAUGCACCUAGGCCAGCUUUAUACAGUGCUGAUCUUAAACCCAGACCCCCACUAAAAAGAUCCCGGAAUAUGAGGGAAGAUGAUGAGGCAUCCAGAGCUGUCAAUGGAUCCAAGGAGUCCGAAGAGUCCAAGAACCACGAGAAGGAGGAUGAUGAUGAAACCCCUGUUAAGAUGCAAAAGCUUGGCGAGACAGAGAAAGCAAGUGAUACAAAUGAGAGCGGUGAUGGAUUUAAACACGCAGAUGUGGAGAUGGGUGAGGAUGAAGACCAGGAUCAAGAUAUGAACUCCGAUGAGGAGGAUGGGGAGGACUGUGAGCCUAGUUUAAAAGUGGAUUCCUCAGCCCAGUCUGGGACAGUAGAAAAGCAUCCUGCCUGUGCAUGGGGAGAAAAUCUGAAACAUGAGGGGAGACCAAACCAAACCCUGGGCAACCAAAUGCCCAUUCGUCAAAUAACUAUGGAUGCUAAGAUCCACAAAACUAAAACUGGAACAGAAAAUUUCAGACCAAACACAACAUCUUUAGAUCCCGCUAGUUUGCGGACUGUACCACUGGAAAUCCUACAAGAUGCUUCAAGAAUGAGAAAUAAGAAUAGCCUGAAUCAGAAUCUCAUUACAGAGAAAGACAAAAAUGCCCCUUGUCCUGGGAACUGGAACAGAUGCCCACCUAAACCCCCGAUGAUCAACGUCUACCAAACAUUUAAACGUCCCAUUGCAAAUCAAACCGCUCAACACAAAAAAAUGGAACUGAAGAAUUUGCAGAAACCAGUCAUCUCAAAAACAAGUCCAGUCUCUUCCUCUCGAGGCUGGUUGUGGUACAUGUGCAAGAUUCUUCUGCGGUUUCUGAUACUGGCAGGAUUGCUGAUUGCUUUGGGCUUUUUAGCCUAUAAGAUAUUUCUAUGGUCAUAUUUGCCUCAAACUGACAGGUCCCAUUCUGAAACAAAGGAGAAAUUUGAUCUGGAAUUAACUGCUUUAAAGAAACGUUUCCCCGGUCAACAUAAAGAGUUCUGGAUUAGGAGUGGGAAACAUCUUAAGAGUCACCUGGGCACAAUCAAUCCCACUGAACCGGUCAGCGUAAUUCUGACUGCUGGCCUUCAGGCUGAAAGGACGUUGAGCUGCCUUGCUCAAGACUUAGCCAUGGCGUACUCCAAAUUCCGUAACGCUUCAAUCUUAGAAAUCGAUGGGACCACCAAAAGCGCAAAAGACAGUGAUCAGGUCAAGCUGGAGAUAGAUGAGGCGCUGAAGGAAGCUUUUGAAGGUGAUAAACCUGCAGCUGUUGUGCACCGUUUUGAGGAGCUCCCUCCUGGAUCUACUCUCAUUUUCUAUCGUUACUGUGACCACGAGAAUGCAGCUUACAAAAAGGUUUUCCUUGUCUUCACUGUGAUGCUUUCGGUGAAUGCCAUAGACCAAGAUGCCAAUCUGAGUGUAGUGGAGGACAUGGUGUAUGACCACAUAAAGCAGAAGUUUGUCUCCUCAGAUACAUCUGCUAAGUUUAAUCAAAUGGACGUGGAUAAACUGAGUGGAUUGUGGAGCAGAAUUUCUCACGUCAUCCUGCCGGUGGCUCCAGUGGAGAAAAUUGAACAGCAGGGAUGUAGGGACUAAUCUUCACAGAAAAUCAUAAGAUUGAAUCACUGUAUUGGGCUGGAUAUGUAAUUUUGUAGAGUUUUGAGUCCAAGGACCAUAUAAAUGUACAUAGAUGUUUAUUCCAAAGAGGUUUUUAAAAAUGUGUUUGUUUAUAAAUAUUUUAUACAAAUGGCUUUGUAUUUGACUCAAUUUUGGUUUUGUUUUCUUAGAUAAUAUGUGUGUGAAGGCAGACACUUGAUCAUAAUAAUAAUCCAACAGCAUUUGGCUUACAGUUGUACAUUUCUUCCCAAGGCCAAGUGCGGUAAUAAAUGAAGUUUUGCACUGAUUUUUGAAGUUAAGCUCUGAAACUAAACUCUUUUUAUCAAUCAAAAUGUAGUUUGGGCUCAUUUAUUUGCUUGAAUAAGUUUUAUAAUAAUUAAAAGUCAGUCUAUAUUUGU